CCUCCGGAGCCGGCUCUGGCAGUGCAGAGGACGGAGGGACUCAGCCAGGCCACCCGCACCCCUGUGUCGCACUGCGUCUCUGCACCGCACCCCGCUGGAUCAGGAUGGUCGCCCCCCGCAGGCGCUGGGCUUCCCUCUUCUCCCUCGCCUGCUGCGUGGCCCUGCUCUUGGGGCACCUGGGCAGCGCUGCCCCGAUGCACCCCACGUACCCCGGGGACAAUGCCCCCGUGGAGGACCUGGUCCAGUUCUACAAUGAGCUGCAGCAGUAUCUCAACAUGGUCACGCGGCCCAGAUACGGCAAGAGAUCCAGCAGCCGGACGCUCUGUGGAGACCCCUAUGACCCCUCGGGAUGCUAAACCCGCCAGGGCAUGAUCCUGAGCGGCAGUCGCCUUGGGGUGAACAGGAAAAGGCCUAGGGGUGGAAAAACCCAGCCCCGGCGCUGAUCCCUCUGUGAUUCUCCUCUCUUCCUCCCUCCUGAGCCCCCCGGGGCCGCCUGCUUCAGAGGCAACCAACACCGUGCCACCUUCUCUCUUUGUCCCUCGGUUCCUGGGUAGACUAAUGUGAAUAAUGAUCAGAACAAUAAAUCUGGGUGGAAGACGCA